AAAAAAUGAUUAAACCCAAUCAAAAAUAACCCUAAACCCUUUAAAAACCCCCAAAAAAACAAAACACAGUGAUUUAUAAAAGUGUUAGAAUUAAGAAGGCAACGUAAAGUGUGUUUAAGAAUGAACGUUCGAAAAUUCUAAAAUGGCCGUUCGGUCGGGGUAGGAUAAACUUAGAGUUAGAGUAGUAAAGAAGUCUUCCAUUAGAUUAAGUGUAAAAUAUAAGUGUUGAUCAGUCUUCCAAGUUAGCCAAGAUGAAUUUGGGUCGGUUUAAGUUGCCCCCGAUCAAGAAUGCGUUGGAGGUGGCAAUGCAGACGGUGAGGCAGCAGAUGCCUGAUAAAGCUGGACCACCGCCGCGUCCACCGCAGGCCGUUAGAUUCGCUAAUCAAGAUAUGGGCGAAAGCUGCGAGCUAUCAACAAUGAAUGAAACUACAUCGCCGUCGUAUCAAUCGACGAAUCCUACCAAUCCGUUUCUCAGCGGAGAACUGCAGGCUGAGGACUCAUUCACCAGCUAUCAGAACACCUACCCGCAACAGGAGGCACCAAGGACUCAAAGUAUGCAGAGCGUUGACUUUUAUGCUUCAUCAGAAGAGGGUGGUUUUGAAGAAGGCGGUGGCAAGCCGGGUUGCAAGAUCAACGAGUUCCAAGCUGCCUGGAACGUCACCAACGCUAUUCAGGGCAUGUUCGUAGUAUCCCUACCGUUUGCCGUUCUCCAAGGCGGCUACUGGGCCAUCGCGGCCAUGAUCGGCAUCGCCCACAUCUGCUGCUACACUGGCCGCAUCCUCGUUGAGUGCCUGUACGAAGACGACCCGGCCACGGGACGACGCGUCCGCGUCCGCGACUCCUACGUCGGCAUCGCCAAGGAGUGCUUCGGCCGCAAAUAUGGUGCUAGGAUCGUUAACAUUGCUCAAAUUAUUGAACUUGUCAUGACCUGCAUUCUGUACGUCGUUGUCUGCGGCGAUUUGAUGAUAGGAACCUUCCCUGAUGGCUCCAUCGACACUCGAUCUUGGAUGAUGCUCACUGGCAUCUUCCUUUUACCUUUGGGUUUCUUGAAAUCUCUUCAAAGCGUCAGUAUGCUGUCAUUCUGGUGUACCAUGAGCCACUUAAUUAUCAACGCUAUUGUGCUUGGGUACUGUGUCUUGUACAUCGGAGAUUGGGGCUGGGGUAAAGUCAAAUGGAGUCUAGAUUUUGAGAACUUCCCGAUAAGUCUGGGUGUGAUCGUGUUCUCUUACACAUCUCAGAUAUUCCUCCCUACUCUAGAAGGCAACAUGGAAGAUCCGGGCAAGUUUGAGUGGAUGUUGAAGUGGUCACACAUCGCGGCUGCCGCUUUCAAGUCCGUGUUCGGAUACGUGUGCUUCCUGACUUUCCAAAACGAUACUCAACAGGUUAUAACUAACAAUCUCCGCUCUUCUGGAUUUAAGGGACUUGUAAACUUUUUCCUAGUGGUCAAAGCCGUUCUAAGUUACCCAUUACCGUACUAUGCUGCCUGCGAUCUGUUGGAACGUGCACUGUUUAGGGGUAAGCCUAAGACACUUUUCCCUGUGAUUUACGCUUUGGAUGGAGAGUUAAAAGUGUGGGGGCUCGCUUGGCGGCUGGGUGUUGUGAUGUUCACAGUCUUGAUGGCGAUAUUCAUUCCACACUUCGCUAUUCUGAUGGGCUUUAUUGGAAGCUUCACUGGUACGAUGUUGAGCUUCAUAUGGCCGGCUUAUUUCCACUUGAAACUGAAAGGCCCAUACCUGGAUAGCCAGACCGUUGCCUACAACUACUUCAUCAUAUGUUUAGGAGUUCUUUUUGGAGUUAUCGGCAUGUACGACUCAGGUUCAGCUUUGAUUAAGGCUUUCCAGAUCGGUCUUCCGUUCUAAUUUUGAGUAAGUAGUUUUAGAUAAUUGUUGAACUAUUUUUAGAUAAUCGCAGACUUCGUAAAUACGGUUUUGUCGCAGAAAAGGUUCAUAAUUCAUAAUGUUUAAACGAGUAAUCAUUUAGAGAUGUGAUGGAUAAUGUUUGUAUUCUAGAUCUGUUUAGUGUUUAAGAAUGCAAAGCUAAUUUUUAUGUAAUCAAAAGUUGUUCACGUUGUCUUCCAAUUAAUUAUAUGGUUAAAAGGUUAGGAAUUAAAGUAAUAGAAGUUAAUAUUUAACUAAUCCAAUGUCUUCCAAAAUGCUUGAAUUUCGAUGUUAUUUAACAACGAAGUCUUCCAAUUAUUGGUAAACUGACUAGCUGAUAAUUGCUUAUAUGAUAUUUGAGGCAGAUUAAUAUUAUUAUACAUAAUUAUAUUGAUAAUAUUUAAAACGACUUCGGAACUGUACUACCUAAUUUUUAUUGGCUUCAAGAAUUCCUUAUCUAGCAGCCAAAAGGUAAACGUAGAAUUCUCGCCGAUUUCAUACACGUACUGAGAUAUCUUGGAACCAAAUGCCAAAAACAACUAAGUUCACAGCAUUUAUACAAUAUAUAAUUAGAAUUAAAGACAUAAUUCAACAAACGGUAUUUACCGAAAUUAACGAAAGAACUCCACGGCACUGAAAUACCUACCUAUUUAUGGGUAUAUUCCUAGUAAUAAAUAAGAUGAAUCAGCUAGUAAAUUAACGUAAAUUUACAUAAAUGUAUUAUCAACGACAAUACUUGAAUCUGAAAGUCUAAUAUUUAAUUUUAUACAUUUUCAGAAUCAGAAUCAGAAUCAAAUGUUUUUUUAUUCGUGAUAAACUUAAAACUAAAAUUACAUACAAAAGUAUAACUAAAACUAUAGGAAUUUAUAAAAUAGGUAGGAGUUGAAGUUUACCACGAAAAUGGUCUCGCUUCGGCAUAAUGCUGACCCGAAAGUCAGCGCUGAUCUUCUGGCGGGACCAUUUUGGGCCAUUUUACAUUCUAAACGAUGUGAUUAUAGGUCCACCUUUGAGCACUGUCCAAAAAUAUACAAGGUGUCAAACCUUACUGAUAUUAUAAAUAAAUAAAAUAAAAAAAUAAAUAAAUUAUUUAUUUUUAGAUAGCUGAGAUCCAUAAAUUGUUAGUUACAAGACACUUAUAAAACUACAUUAGUAAACUACCUAUUACAUAAAAACAUAUAAAUACUAUUAUGAUUUCGAAAUAUAUAUUAGUGAAUCAUGAGAACAGACAAAAUAUAUAUGAACAUUUUAUUCGAGAUAUCUCAGAAACGAAACCAAACGUUUGUAAAAAUAACAUAGUAGGUAUAUACCCAGAUUUAUUUUUAAGAAUGCACUAUUACUGGUACCUAGUGUUAUUUUAAAAGAUUAGUUUUAAUCAAUUAUAGAAAACACAUUUACAUUAUACAUUAUAUUAUUAUACACAAAUUUAAAUUGGAAUGGAUUUAAAAAAACGCUACGUAUACAAUUUAUUAAUUUUAAUUAUGUAACGUGUCUUCCAAUGACAACAUACCAUUAUAAGUAACUGUUGUUGAUUAUAUUAUAGAAAAUAUAAUUAUUAUACAUGUUAGCUACGUUAUAUACCUAUGUACUUUGAAUGGAGGAGGUAUGUGAAAAAUCUUAAUACAAUUUUAGGUGGACAGAUAGUUAGGUAUUAUAGAAAUACAUAAUAUUGUGUUUCAACUUUCUACAAAAGUCGUGUUAUUAAUCUAUUGCCUGACCGAAACACAUCUAUCGAUUUUGAUUUAUACACGAUAUAAAGAAAAGUUGAAAGAGAAAUUAUAACUAGGUAGUUUUGUGUUGCAUGCGAGACCUUGUAUUAUGUAUACUGCAGGCGAGACCUUGUAUGUUUAGCUACCUACUGCCUACUGAACAUUUAGAGUAGUUUCAUUAUAUUUUAGAACAUAGACAAUAAAAUAAUGAAAAAUCAAUGAUAUUUUAAUACACAACAGAUAUUAAAGCAAUCUGUUUACCUAAAAUUAAACCCAAGGGCUUCCAAAUUGGCGUUUUGUAUAAAUAACUAAAUAGAAUAAGGUUGCUUGUCUCUAGCCUAGACACGCAUUCUGCGAUGCUAGACUUAAAAGAUAUACAUACAUAGCGUUGAUAACCGUGAUGAAAGCAGCAAUAGCAGUCAUCGGUUUUAUCCAAAGGUUGGGUUGGUAUUUUAAGGGUGUCACAGCAUUUAUCGACGGUUUAAAUCGGUCAAAAAAUACCUUAUAUCCAUGCCGUAACAGCGAUGAAUACUUCAUUCGGUUCGACGGAUGACAACGACCACCACACCGAUUUGAUGUUGGAAAAUGCGGUGAUACCCUAAAGGGGCCACCAACCACUUUGACACCUGACCAUCAUUAUAUUCAUUAUGAUACUCAUAUUCUAUUGAACUUGCCCUACCAUGUGCAGUUACAACGUAUCUAAUGCAUGCAGGUACCUGCAUCAAUACGACGAUUUGAAUUUUUGUGUAGUAUUUAGUCAAAAAACCAUAAAGAUGAUGAUGGUCAUUUUUGCCGUAUAAUAUCUAAGUGUGCCCUAUAAAGGGUAAAUACCCAUUGAAUAGGCCCCUUAUAACUUUGAAAAGCAAGGCAGUAGUGGCCAGUGAGGAGGGUUAAUUGGUUAUUCGUAAUUUCCAUAAAUACUCGAGCACUUUUAUCCUUCUGAACAAAUAACAAGUUAAAUACGUCGUAUCAUUAUUUUUAUAGGUAAUUUAAGUUUGCAUUUAACUGUAAUUAAAACAUCAUCCAAAGAUUUUUCAAUAAUAUCUAAAAUUCUAUGAAAUGUCAUAUGAAUUUUUGUUUUAUACAAAAAAAUUGAUGUUAUAAUAGAUUUUAUUUUUUUGUUGUAAUAAAAAUCUUUUGCUUAUUUUAUUUAUAAUAUAAUU